UGGCGGGAAACGAGUUAACCUGUCGGAAAAUAUUUGCUAUUUGACACAUUAUAGGUUUCCUAUUCGAUAAACAUUUCGUCAACAUGGGUAUUUUAGGCUUGUCGAAACUAAUAGCCGAUAUAGCUCCGGGAGCUAUUAAAGAGCGAGAAUUGAAGCACUAUUUUGGUCGCAAGAUAGCAAUCGAUGCAUCCAUGUGUUUAUAUCAGUUUCUUAUCGCUGUGCGCAGUGAAGGAGCCCAGCUCACUAGUGCAGAUGGUGAAACGACCAGUCAUUUAAUGGGUACAUUUUAUCGUACUAUUCGCUUGGUGGAGCAAGGAAUAAAGCCUGUGUAUGUAUUUGAUGGAAAACCACCAAAUCUGAAAAGUGGAGAAUUAGCUAAAAGAGCCGAAAGGAGAGACGAGGCACAAAAACUCUUGCAAGCUGCUGAAGAAGAUGGAAAUGUGGAAGCUAUUGACAAAUUUAAUAGAAGAUUGGUUAAAGUUACAAAAACUCAUGCUGACGAAGCUAAAGAAUUACUUCAAUUAAUGGGCAUACCUUACAUUGAUGCUCCUUGUGAGGCUGAGGCGCAGUGUACUGCUUUAGUGAAAGCUGGUAAAGUCUUUGCCACUGCUACAGAGGAUAUGGAUGCACUCACUUUUGGCUGCAAUGUGCUACUUCGUCGCUUGACCUUUAGUGAAGCUAGAAAAUUGCCUGUACAGGAGAUUCAUUUUGAUAAAGUUCUUGCAGGUUUGGAGUUGAAUCAUAAUGAGUUUAUCGACCUCUGUAUUAUGUUGGGUUGCGAUUAUACAAAUAGCAUUAAGGGCGUUGGUCCAAAAAGAGCAAUAGAAUUGAUAAAGAAACAUAGGUCCCUCGAAAAAAUUAUUGAAAAUAUAGAUACUACGAAAUAUCCAAUACCGGAAGAUUGGAAUUAUAAAGAUGCAAGAUUAUUGUUUCAAGAACCAGAAGUGUCGAAACCAGAUGACAUCCAGUUGAAAUGGUCUGAGCCUGAUGAAGAAGGUUUGGUAAAGUUUCUAUGCGGUGACAAGCAAUUUAAUGAGGAACGGGUUAGAAAUGGAGCUAAAAAACUUCAUAAAGCUCGUAAUACUUCCACGCAGGGUCGAUUGGACUCAUUUUUCAAAGUUUUACCGAAUUCGACUCCAACUCCAAAACGGAAGGCAGAAGAAAAGAAGGCACCAGCUAAAAAGACAAAAACAACAGGUAACAGCAAAUUUCGCGGUAAAACAAAGUGAGAGUAUAAAUUUGACAGAUUUAAUGUACUCAUGUGAGGUAUUAUCCUGACUUUUUAUUUCAUUAUGACAUAUAUCGCGCAUGUAAUCUUAUAAAUUCAUAUAUAAAAAUUAUUAUCGUAGCU